GUUAAAAUGGCCGACGUGUUUGAAAAGCGAAAUUUCCAUAUUUCAAGCCUUUUCCCUGAGAUUUUAACCAUUAUAUUCACUCAUUUAGAUGUUAGAGACAAGGGGAGAGCGUGCCAAGUUUGUGUGGCCUGGCGGGAUGCCGCUUACAAUCGUAGAGUAUGGAAAGGCGUCGAGGCGAAGCUUCAUCUGAAACGUGCUAACCCGUCGUUGUUUCCAAGUCUGGUAAAACGUGGUAUUAGACGAAUACAAGUGUUGAGUUUGCGUAGAACUUUGAAGGAUGUCAUAGUUGGUAUUCAAAAUAUUGAGUCACUCAACAUCAGCGGUUGUUUCAGCAUUAACGACACAUCAAUUUCACAUGCAUUGACCCGAGAAAUUCCUUCGUUGAAGAAUUUGAACUUGAGCCUUUGUAAGCAGAUUACAGACAGAAGUCUUGAAAAAAUUGCUCAAUGUUUGAAGAAUCUUGAAGUGCUAGAACUCAGUGGUUGUUCAAAUAUUACCAACAUUGGUCUGUUGCUGAUAUCUUGGGGCCUUAAGAAGCUGAAAGUGCUAAACCUUCGGAGUUGCAGGCAUGUUUCGGAUCCUGGAAUCGGACACUUGUGUGGUGUUGUGCAUAAUUCAAGCCAGUUAAAUGCGCUUGAAUCAAGACCAGUGCCUGGUAACUUUGAGCUUGAGUUUCUUGGUCUUCAAGACUGUCAGAAAAUUACUGACCAAGGUAUGAAACAUGUGAGUGGUGGACUUGUUAAUCUGAAACAGGUGAACCUAAGUUUCUGCGGAGGAAUCACUGAUUCUGGGAUUAAAUUCCUGUCAAAGAUGCCAAGUCUGAAAGAUCUUAACCUAAGAAGUUGUGAUAAUGUUACAAAUGCUGCUCUUGGGUACCUAUCCGAAGGUGGCUCUAGGCUUGAGGCGAUUGAUGUCAGCUUUUGUGAAAACGUUGGUGAUCAAGGACUUCACUUUCUUGCACAGGGAAUGUUUAGCUUGAGACAUUUAUCACUUGGCACAUGUAAUAUCACUGACGAAGGACUCCUGAGAGUGGUAAAUACUCUGCAUGAAAUUAUAACUCUAGAUAUUGGACAGUGUGGUCAAAUAACAGACAAAAGUUUAUGCGCUAUAGGAGAAAAAUGGAAACAUUUGAAAAGCAUCGAUUUGUACGGUUGCACCAGAAUAACCACAUUUGGUCUAGAAAAAAUUAUGAAACUGCCUUGCUUGAAUACUUUGAACCUUGGAUUAUGGCACAGGAAAGAAGAAAUAUAGAUGUUGAACGCUUGAAACUGUAUCUAACCAUCUGUUGAAAGGACAUCAAAGAUACCAUUAUGCAGAUCAAAACUCUGUUAGGUGGAUAAUUUAUUUGUGUGAAUGUAAAAUUAAGAGAAUAUAUGUAACUAUUGAAAUUAGAAAUGCAUCCGCAAUGGAAACCAUCAUACAUGAAUAAAAUAAAUUGCUAUUGAUGUGUAAGAAAAUUAAGAUCUGUUGUGUUUAUAUGUACUGAAAUUAUUUUGAUAGUUGUUUUAUAAUUUAUUGCUGUCCAUGAAAAUGGUCAUAUAUUUCAUUAUAAUAACAUGAAACUGACAUUCAAAAUUGGAAUAUAUCUUAUAAGUAUAAUUAUAUUUUUACCAAAACUUAUGUGCCAAAACUUGUAAACCUCAUCUUAACAUAAGUUUUACAUUUGUCUAUUAAUUACAUAUGUUUUUCGUUAAAGUACAUCAACAGUUAUUGUGCUUAGUAUAACUAGAAUAUAUAUGCAACUUGCCAUAUAGCUAUAAUGUAUAGUUAAUGGUGCCUAUUUUCAUGCUGCCAUAGUGUUUUUUAUUUUGCAACAUGCCAAGUUCGUUUCAUUUAAAUGCAUCAACCUUCAUGUGUUCAGUUUGAAAAUGAUAUAUUCUUUAGUUUUAUUAGUAAAUAUACAAAUUUUAAUGUUGAGUAUUCAAGAUAUUUUGUUACAUUGGUUAUAGUUUGAUAUUUUAUUUCUUUUGUUGUGUAUUUUAUUGAUAUACAUGUAGCAGUUUUGUUUGCCUUGAUUUCUAUAAAAAUAUCAAAAUUUAUUUUACGUGAACAAAGAUGGUUAUUGUUAAAUAUGAGUUACAUUUAGUUUUAUUUGAAAACAUAUAAUCUUAAAUGCAGGGCUUCCAUUAAAAAUUUGAAACUGGAAGUAUGAACUUGACAAAGUUUUUCACUGAAAUAUUGAAGUUUAUGCCACUGGAACUCCUAAGACCUUUCCACUAUUGUCCAAUUAAAUAAUUUAAAUGUUAAAUAAUUCAUAACUUUAACUUGCGAACUUCAUCAAAUUGUAUUUGAAGAAUUCAUUUUACUUCAAGACUUUUUCAAGAAUGUGGCCAUAAAGAAACAUCGACACCAAGUUUUGAUAUUCUUAACUUCCAUGCCUUUACUAUUGGAAGUUUUCUCCUAAAUAGAGGAAGUGUUUGUACUUUCCAAAGACUCAAUUUUAGAAGUUUUGGCACAGUUUUAGAGAGUGAAAUACUUCCAAACUUCCUUAAAUGGAAGCCCUGAUUAAAUGUUUAUGUAUGUAGCAAAACGUUACACGGUGGGAAUUGAUUUUUUAGCAGUUUUCAUUUGUUUUUAGUAUCUGGGAAUAGGAUUUAAUUUUUGAUCCCAGUAAGUAUUUAGUGAAUGAAAUUAGCACAAGCGUGCAAACCCUGCACUGGUAUACGGUAAUAAUUUUUGGGCUUGCUCAAUUUCUGGAUUUUUUAUACAUGAAGCAGGGCUUUCUGACAAUUUGUUAUGCUUAACAGUAGUUUAAGGUUUCAGGCUAGUUCAUUCAAAAGUGUUAUUUAAGUAUAAUUUUGAUCACUGUGUACUGUAUUUUCAGUAUCAAUACUUAAACUUAUGUGUAACAGAAUAUUUAAAGAUGGACCUCAAUAUUUAAAAAAAUGUCCAUCCUCAAUCUCAGCUCAUUUUUUCCACUUAUUAGUCAUAGUAUGAUUAAAAAAUAUCUAUGUAAUACUCUUUUUAAAAGCAUUUUCUCAAAGAUUAUGUUGAUUCAAUAUUUGGUAAAUAAAAGACAAUUAAUUUCAGAGCAAAAAUUGUACUUGAGUCCAAUUUAUUGGUUUUCAGUUAAUUUUUGAGUACAUUUUGUGCUUUAAAGAUAAAUUUAUUUUGAAUAUUGAUCAAUGAUGUUUAUUAGCAUCAUGUUGAGAUCAUGCACUUUUCAAAAGAGUAAAACAUUAAUGAUUUUAAUAUACAUGUAUGUCAUGCUGUUAGAGCUGCACUCUCACAGAUGUACUGUUUUAACUUUUUAUUUUUUUGUCAUGGAAUGAGCCAUUCUUUGCGGGCUGUAAAUAUCUGAAAACCAGUGAUAUAAGACUACUGACAAAAGAUCAGAUCACAGUUUUUAAUAUUUAUGUCACAUUCAAAGACAACAAAAUAAAAAAGUUGUCAAAAGGUUCUAUCUGUGAGAGUGCAGUUUUAAUGUGAAUAAAAAAGUUGAGAUAGAGAUUUUUCUUAAUUAUUUUAUUAUAUUGGUUCUAUGAAUUGUUGAGACAUUUAAGAGCAUGAAGAACUAUGCAUCAAUGAAAUAAUUAAAUAAUUCUCAUUUUGUUAUAUUGGAGCUUCAACUAACUUCUAAGGCCAUGCAAAAUUGUUUCUAUGUUUAUCAUUAUCGGGCGGGUAGGUCCUUAGAAUGAAAAAAAAUAAUAAUUCAAAAUCGAACUUAAUCAAAGAAGUAUGAUUUUAUAGAGCUUAGAUAAUGAAAAUGUAAGUUAUGGAGUCAAGAAAUAUUCCAUAUGAAUUAUAGGAAAAAAGUUAAAUUAUUUCGAGAGAAAAAAUAUGGAACCAUUUUUUUACUCUUUUUUGGCCUUAGUUAGGUUAUGGAAUUGGAGCCUGAUGCUAAACAGAGAAUCAAUUUGGUUUGGCCUCAUGUUUUUUUUUAUACUGGAUAUUUAUAUCCAGUAAACAAGACAGCUGCACUGCUUUAGUAUUAUUGCUAGUUAUUAUUUAGUAUCAAGUAUAGAUUAUGAUGAUUUAUGAAAGACACAUUUUAUCAUUGACGUGGUUGUGAAUUAUAAUUUAUGGUGACUUUACAACUAAUGAAAUAAUAUGAAAUUGAAUAUCAUGAAUACAUAUAUUUUAUAUUUGGUGACCUUGGUGCACUAAUCUCCAAUACAUAUUACAUUAUAUUGAGACAUUUGUCAUAAAGAUAGCAUGCAAUGCGAUUAUAUCUAAAUAUACGUACAUUGUUUCUGAUUAUCGAAAAUACAACUUGUU